UUUUCAUUUCUCUUUUAAGAUAUAUACAUAUAUACACAUAUGUAUGUAUGUGCGAUUUGUCGCGUUACAUCAAAGUUGUUCUGGACGUUUUUCUUGUGUUGAAAUAGUCAAGAAUUUGAAUAGAACUCACAAUGCUGUUGAACUGCACCCGACUGAAGCACAUGUGCACAACAUUACGAGUCUCCCAACUGCCCUGCGCGGGCCCGAGGUUGACAGUCAGCCCGUAUAGCAUAUAUAACAGUCUAUUGAGGCAACCGCUGCUGCUGCUGCGGCGUCCCCAUCAUCAUCUAUUUAACAUAAGGCCGCCGGCGACGGCGGCGGCAAAGCGACAGCUGCUCGGCUCCAGGUGGGCGGGGCGUGUGCUCACCGUGAGACGCUGCCUGAGCGGCAAGUCGAAUGGCAAGGCGCUGGUGGCCAAGGUGGAGGCGCAGCCCUCGCUAUUCAAGCUGGCCAGAUCCGAGUACAAGCGUCUCAUCCAUCUGAUCAGGAACGAGAAGUGGUCGCUCUUAUUCGGCCUGACCUGUCUGAUCAUCUCCUCGGGCAUUACCAUGAGCAUACCCUUCUUUCUGGGCAAGGUCAUAGACAUUGUGUUCAACAAGGAUGGACUGGAUGCGCCGGUGCUGAAGGAUUUGCGGGACUACAUCAUGACGCUCUUCUGGAUCUUUGUCAUUGGCGGCUUUGCCAACUUUGCCCGCGUCUACAUGUUCGGUUCGGCAGCUCUGCGCAUUGUCCGAAGGCUGCGCUCCGAUCUGUAUCGCGCCAUGCUGAUGCAGGAGGUGGGCUGGUACGAUACGCGCGGCACCGGCGAGCUCAUCAAUCGCUUGAGCAACGACACCUACUUUGUGGGCAUCUCGCUGAGUCAGAAUAUAUCCGAUGGCCUGCGCUCCCUGGCCAUGAUAAGCGUUGGCUCCUGCAUGAUGAUCUUCACAUCGGCCAAGCUGACGCUGGUCAGUGCCCUGGUGGUGCCCGCUCUGGCGGGCAUUGCCAUCGUUUAUGGCCGCUAUGUGCGGCGCAUAACCCGCUCGGAGCUGGACAAAUAUGCGGAGAUAAUGAAGCAUGCCGAGGAGCGUUUCGGCAAUGUGCGCACCGUCAAGGUGUUUUGCCGCGAGCAGAAGGAGUGCGAGGAUUACGAUGCCAAGCUAAGCGAGGCGUUAGAAAUUGGCUACAAGGAGACCAAAGCCCGCUCCAUGUUCUUUGGCCUGACCGGCUUCUCGGGCAACUUUGUGAUCAUCUCGGUGCUGUACUAUGGCGGCACCCUGGUCCUCAACGAUGAGCUAACCAUUGGCGCGAUGACCGCGUUUAUGCUGUACGCCGGCUAUGUGGCCGUCGCCAUGAACGGCCUCUCCAAUUUCUAUAGCCACCUGAACAAGGGCAUCGGCGCAUCGGAACGUAUUUGGGAGAUAUUGGACAGGGAGUUCGCGAUACCGCUGGACAAGGGCGAUGUGCCGACAACGAAGCCCAUUGGCGAGAUCACCUUCCGGAACGUCGACUUUAGCUACCCAUCGCGUUUGGAAAGCAAAGUGCUUACCGAUUUCUCGCUGACCUUGCUGCCCAACCAGACGACGGCGGUGGUGGGUCGCUCCGGUUCCGGCAAGUCGACAAUGGCCCUGCUGCUGAUGCGUCUGUACGAUCCACAGCAGGGCGGCGUCUAUUUGGAUGGCGUCGAUUUGCGUACGCUGAAUCCACAGUGGCUGCGACACAAUGUCGGCGCCGUCAGCCAGGAGCCGGUGCUAUUUUCCGGCUCCAUACGCUCAAACAUUCUAUACGGCCUCCAUCCGGGCGAGGAGCCCAACGAGGAUCUGCUCCAGCAGGUGGUUCACGAUUCGCAUGUCAUCGAGUUUGCCAACCAGCUGCCCGACGGCCUCGAAACGAUCGUUGGCCAACGGGGCAUGCUCCUCAGCGGUGGCCAAAAGCAGCGCGUGGCCAUUGCCCGGGCGCUCAUCAAGAAUCCCACCAUACUUGUGCUGGAUGAGGCGACAAGUGCGCUGGACUCCGUCUCCGAGCAGCUGGUGCAAACGGCGCUGGACAAGCUGAUCGAGGGACGCACCGUGAUGACAAUUGCCCAUCGGCUGAGCACGAUACACAAAGCCCACAAGAUUGCCGUGCUCGAUGGCGGGCGAAUUGUGGAGGAGGGCAACUACGACGAUCUGAUGAGCCGGCAAGAUGGCGCCUUCCGCGAGCUGGUCUCCAAGCAGGCAUUUGGCGGCAGUCGCUCGCAAAAGGACAACGACCACUGGGGCAGCUAAGAUUUGUUUAGAAGGCGCGGCCAGAAUGCGACUCAUGUGUUCACAAUCUUAUUAUUAUCUAGGCCUCAAUAUUGACUGCGAUAUCGGUUGGCUAAGGUCACCGAUUGCUGGUCUUUUGUGCCUUGAGGCAGGUGUUAGGGAUAACUAUGGUUAAUGCAACAAAAUGUUUUUUUAAGCAGGCAACAAACCAAAUUGUAAAUGUUAAAGUUAGCGGUUUUGAUAGCAAAUAAAUAGAUAAGUUGUUUUACACCCAUGUUUAACAUGCAUAAA